GCCCCUCUUCCUCUUCCUCCGUUCUUCUUCAACUCAGAGAAGGGAAGAGAAUAGUGAAGGGGAGAGAGAGAGAUGGUGUCAUACCUAAACGCAGCGCUGUACGGAUUAUACGGACUGGGAGGGAUAGUUGUGGCUGGUGUGGCUCUUCUGGUGGCUUUUCAGGAGAAGCUGGUGUAUGUUCCAGUCCUGCCGGGCCUCACCAAAUCCUACCCGAUCACGCCCGCACGUCUCCGCCUCAAGUACGAAGAUGUGUGGCUGAGAUCGUCCGAUGGGGUCCGCCUCCAUGCCUGGUUCAUCAAGCUCUUCCCCGAGCAUCAAGGUCCUACCAUUCUCUUUUUUCAGGAAAAUGCUGGCAAUAUUGCCCACCGUCUUGAAUUUGUUCGUGUGAUGCUGCAGAAAUUGCAGUGCAAUGUAUUCAUGCUUUCUUAUAGGGGAUAUGGGGAGAGUGAUGGCUACCCUUCCCAACAUGGUAUUACUAGGGAUGCUCAGGCAGCGUUGGAUUAUCUGGUCAAGAGGACUGACAUUGACACAGCCAGGAUAGUUGUUUUUGGAAGAUCUCUUGGGGGUGCAGUUGGAUCAGUUCUCACACGAAACAAUCCUGACAAGGUUGCUGCUCUGAUAAUGGAGAACACUUUCACUUCGAUUCUGGACAUGGCUGGAGUGCUACUGCCCUUCCUGAAGUGGUUCAUAGGAGGCAGUGCUUCUAAAGGCCCAAAGGUUCUCAAUUGUCUCGUACGCUCACCUUGGAGUACAAUUGAUGUUGUUGGCGAGAUCAAACAGCCAGUUCUGUUCCUCUCUGGGUUGCAAGAUGAGAUGGUUCCACCAUCUCAUAUGAAGAUGCUCUUUGACAAAGCAAUAGAACACAACAGGAGGUGUCUAUUUGUCGAUUUUCCAACUGGUAUGCAUAUGGACACAUGGUUGGUUGGAGGGGACCGAUAUUGGAGGUCAAUUCAGCUAUUUCUGGCGCAAAACCUUCCAGAGGACAAGACAAGUGAUGGCCAUAUUAAUGAUGCAGAUGUGAGGUGAUCAAUGACGGUUUCUCUGAUCAGAAGCAUAAGAAGUGUCCCUCCUACUAAGAUCAUCGACCAUUGAAUCUGCAACUGUCCAAGCUUUAUACGAGGAGUUGCUGCUGUAGGCGGGCCACACUCAAUUCAGGUAAUUUUUACCAUUCUUUGUUGGUACAAAAAUCAGGAGCUGCUGAAAAUUUGUAAUAGUCGCUAGAGCUGUAUACUGUACUUCGAACCUGUGCAAGUAUCAUAUCUGCUUUGUGACAUAGAUGCCAAAAAUACACACACUUGUUCUCCGAAUCAACAUCCGCCAUUGUAAUUUGAGCUUGUGCAAGUAUCUGAUCUGCUUUGACA